AGAGUCAUACGACCAAUUGCCUGAUUUGGGUGUGAAAUGUACAAAAACAAAGUUGAAGGCGAAUUUGAAAAAUAGGAAAAAAGAAGUGGAAGGACCGAUUUCCAAAAACCAUCUCAUUCUAGAGACUUUCAAUAACGGGAAGACGUAGCAUUCUCGCUGUCCAUCAGUUUCUUCUUCCAUCUUCUUGAUCAUCAUAUGUGAUUCCAUUUACAAGUUCAAUCUCUUCAUGAAAAAUCCAGUCUCUUUUCAAACGGAAGAAGAGGAAGAAUCCUCAUUUAACCAUCUAAGUUCUUCUCCUUUAUCACAUUUCCUUUUGAUUUCUACAAGAGAAAAUGUUGACUAGAGCCAUCGGACGAGUUCGAAUUCCUGUGUCGAGGAUUCAGGGAUCGAAUAAUUCGAGUGGGUUUUUGAAAGAUUCGAAAUUGGGUCCGAUUGGUGUUUCCUGUAGAAGAUGGUUAUCGAACGAGAGCGGGAAACGCUUUGCGGCGAUGUGGGGAAGUGGAGAUUACGGCAGAUUAGGGCUCGGAAACUUGGAUUCUCAGUGGACACCUGCCGGUUGCUCUGCCUUGAGUGAUCACAGUAUCAGAGCUGUUGCUUGCGGUGGAGCUCACACUCUGUUUCUCACCGAAACGAGGAGAGUCUUUGCAACGGGUCUUAAUGAUUGUGGUCAACUUGGCGUAUCAGAUGUUAAAAGUCAUGCUAUGGAUCCGCUUGAAGUUUCUGGACUAGAUAAGGAUAUUCUGCACAUCUCAGCUGGUUAUUAUCACUCCGCUGCUAUUACAGUUGAUGGAGAACUAUACAUGUGGGGAAAGAACUCAAGUGGACAGCUUGGACUGGGAAAAAAGGCUGCAAGAGUGGUACGUGUACCAACUAAAGUGGAAGCUCUGCAUGGAAUCACCAUACAAUCCGUGGCUUUGGGUUCAGAGCAUUCAGUUGCUGUUACUGAUGGAGGUGAAGUCCUGAGUUGGGGAGGAGGGGGCUCUGGAAGACUUGGCCAUGGUCACCAGUCCAGUCUUUUCGGCAUCUUAAGAAGUAACAGUGAGUUUACUCCAAGGCUUAUCAAGGAACUUGAGGGGAUCAAGGUUAAAAAUGUUGCUGCUGGUCUACUGCAUUCAGCAUGCACUGAUGAGAAUGGCUCUGCUUUCAUGUUUGGAGAGAGGUCUAUAAACAAGAUGGGCUUCGGAGGAGUAAGAAAUGCCACAACACCAUCAAUUAUCAGUGAAGUUCCAUAUGCAGAAGGAGUUGCAUGUGGUGGCUACCACACAUGUGUAGUUACAAGAGGUGGGGAGCUUUACACCUGGGGCUCUAACGAAAAUGGGUGCCUUGGAACAGAUUCAACAUAUGUCUCACACUCACCUGUGAGAGUUGAAGGUCCUUUCUUGGAGUCUACUGUAUCUCAGGUAUCUUGUGGGUGGAAGCACACUGCAGCUAUUUCAGAUAACAAGGUCUUCACCUGGGGCUGGGGAGGCUCUCACGGCACAUUCUCUGUUGAUGGACAUUCCUCUGGUGGACAAUUGGGCCAUGGUAGUGAUGUAGACUAUGCAAGACCAGCAAUGGUGGACUUGGGCAAGAAUGUAAGAGCAGUGCAUAUAUCUUGUGGCUUCAAUCAUACAGCAGCAGUUCUUGAACAUUUUUGAAGACUCAGUCUCAAUUUCAUAUCAUAUACAGAUGUUUUGUUUAUUCUUGCUUAAACUUGAGUGAGGAGAUUGUACAUCAGUUCAACUCUAUAGACAGAAGUCACAGAACCUUGUGGAACUGGAUUUGUAAGAAUGACCGAAAGGAUAAUAUAUAUACAGGAGAAGAAGACGAA